GCAAAACCAAAACAAAGCAUCAUUUUUAUUCACCCAUUUCAGCCUACAAAAUUUUUAUUUUCUUGGGGUUUGAGAUUGUGGUCUUCUGAUCUGAUAUAACAUGGCUUCAAUAUUGAGCUCACAAGGAAUGGUCUUAGUUACAGCUAUAGCAGUCUCUGGCACUGUAAUUCUUCUUGCUUUUCGCCUUCAGAAAUCUUUCCCUCUUGAUCAAAUUCCCCAGCCCUCUCAACAAGUCAUCCGCUCCUGCAUAUCUUCAGAAGGGAAGAAGAUGGAGAAGAAAAAGAAGAAGAAAGUGCACUUUGCAGAAGAUGUGAUGGAUCCAAGAGGGGACGGAGAAGAGUUCAGGAGACAGGUGAAGAACCCUGGCAGCAACAAUUCUCCAGCAGCUUUAAACUCAGCACCAAAGUUCAAGAAAAUUGCUGGAAUGCCUGCUAACAGAGUUGCUCUUUACAAUGGAAUUCUAAGAGAUCGUGUUGUUCAACGAUUGACUUACUCUUGCUGAAAAAAUAAAAAGAAAGAAAACCAAAAUUUUGCUUUUAUUCUUGUAUUAUCAAAAUUGUGCUGAUUUUUCA